GCCUCAUAUCCUUUUCUGUUCCGUUGACGGGACUUUAGACGCAGUUUCAUAGUCAUCUUACUUUUUAGUGAAAUAAAAUGCGCGAUAUACCGAGAGAAGAAGAAGAAAAAGAAGAGGAAAAUCAAAUUCAAAAUGUAGACGUUGUUGAAGUGGAUCUUGGCAUUCCGGCUCAGCCAGCUCCUCGCACUGAAGCUGUGAUGAUGCAAGAAUUCAUGAAGCUCCAAGAACAACGUUGUGUUGCUUAUAAUACCCUUGAAAGAUGCAUGAGGGAGUUCAGGCAGAUGAAACAGCUUUGUGCUUUUCAAGGUACAAUGAAGGAAAUCACGGAAACUUUCCAGACAGUUUCCUUGGCAAUUAUUCAGCUUAGCAAGGAGCUGAAAGAAGCCGGCCACCUUCAAUCGUCAAAGUAUUGUGAAGAUCUCCAAGAACUUGAGCAAAUGAAAUUAAAACUGACUGCCGAGAUGCACAUCAAGCUGCAGGCCCUGAGUAGAAAUGACAACGAAGAAGAUAAAGCUGAAGUUCGUCGCCUCACCGCGGAAAACAGACGUCUCAUCUUCAAAAUAAACGAUGUUUUAAAUUUAAUUCGUUAUAAGGCAAGGCCACAGGAAGCUUGAAUAUCCGUCAUCUGUAUGGAAAUAGUCGGAAUUUCUCUCGAAAAAUCAUCAGUAAAUGUUGGUGCUUCUCAUAUCUAUUUCCCAGAAAUCGUGUAUUGUUCAUGCUUGUCUUAUCAAAAAAUUUUUACCACUCAAGUUCUUGCUAAAAAUACAUUUUUGCAGUGGUUUGUAAUUUGCUUUGUUGUUUCUCAUUAUUUUGAAAAAAUUACUAACGUGAAGUAUCUCAUUACGAUGUCCAGUUUUGCCUCUUUAAUCUUUCAAUUGAUUCAAUCGUAGUUUUAAUAUCGUAUUUGGGAGUUCAAAUUCCGUGAAGUAAUGAAAUCUCAGUUUUUACUCUUCAGCUAUACGCCACUCAUCAACUGGCCUAGCUUUAUCUCAUUUACGUUCCUUCGGCAACAUUCUGGCGUUGCAAGUAUUAUGUGUGAAGUAAUUUCCCUAUAUGGAUUGAGUUUACAAGGCUAGAAAUGCGGGUGCAUUUAUCUAAGUUAUUUGGUUUACCAAAGUACGGUCGCAUACUUUCUCUCGGUCUCUCCACAUGACUAUGGUCGAUGUCGUAAAUUAGAUUUUAUGGUAAUGAGUCAUUUGCAUCUGAGCCCAAUUUGUUAAUUUUUAAUAUAAGAAUUUUAGAAUUUAAUUGAUCUCAGGUGACAAAUCUUGUUCCGAGUAAGGACUAGCAUUCGACUCGAGAAACGAAUCCAAUGAUUGUUUUGACCAUUCAUGGUCGAAACGGUUAUGUCCCAAGUUAUUUUCGUGAUGAAUUUUGUACCCUCGGUCAGAUACUCGAAAUUUUCGGCACAUUUGUAAUAAAAUCGAGAUUUUCA